GGUGAAUAGUAACAUCAACAAUUUUUUUUUUGAUUCGUUGUUAAGAAGAGGAUGUUGGAAAUUAUUUAUUUGGUUGGUAUAUAUCAGUAUAUGAGAGAAAGUAUUUUUAUUUUUUGUGAAUUAUAAUUUGAAUAAUUUUUUUUAAGUUCAUGAAUAAGGAUGUUGUAAGUUUUACAUUUCCCGCCAAAAAAAAAAGAGUGGAGCUCGGUAGUCACUCAGUCAGUUACGCUACUCAACAGAGACUCACUGCUCAUACCCAUUUGGAGAUAGUGAAAGUCGCAAGUUCGCAACGGCAACGGGCGAAGGCGUAAUGAUGAACAUGCCGCAAAGGCCUUCCUCAGAAGAGUCGUAUUGUGAUCUCCUGCAAAUAUGGCCUUUAUAUUUCCCCCAAAUUGAGCUCUCCUUUCAAGAUUGGAAAUACCUUCUCAUCUCUAAGCUUGUUUGCUUCUUCGCUACUCCUCGCGGCCAACGUUUCGUUUCUCAGGUAAAGCAUGAAGAUGACGCAUUUUCCUUAACACUCAACUAUCAAGAGUUCAGAAAGAUAUGUGACCUUGAGUGUUUCUUUGUUAAUUUGGAAGAAUACCCCAAAGAAGCUCUUCUAUGCAUGGGUGCUGCCAUUCAUAAGGUUUCAUCUUUUCAGGAGAAAAGCAAGUUAGACUCUCAUGGGAAGAUAAAUAUCCGGCUUCAUAAUCACCCUGACUCAUUGAUUGCUUUGAAGAACCUUAAAGCAGCUUAUAUUGACAGGCUGGUAUCUGUGCGUGGUACUGUUGUGAAGGUCAGCACUGUUAAACCACUGGUAAUGCAGAUGACUUUUAAAUGCAUCCAGUGUGGAGCAGAUAUCAUGCGUUUCUUUCCUGAUGGGAAAUACUCUCCACCAGCAACAUGUAUUAUGCGAUGUUGCAAAGGCAAAACAUUUGCACCAAUUAGGUCUACUGCACAGUCCAUUGAUUUUCAGAAGAUAAGAUUGCAGGAGCUUUUGAAAUCUGAAAAUCACGAAGAAGGCCGGGUUCCUCGGACAGUCGAAUGUGAACUUACUGAAGAUCUUGUUGAUGUUUGUAUUCCUGGCGACGUGGUGACAGUAACUGGAAUUAUAAGGCAAAUUAACAAUUACAUGGACCUUGGAGGAGGUAAAUCAAAAAGCAAGUAUCAAGGAUUGUACUAUUUAUAUAUGGAAUCUGUCUCUGUAACAAACUCCAAAUCACAGACCAUCCCAGAAGAUUCUGAAUAUCCUACUGCUGAUGCUAGAGCUGAGAUGUCUGACUUAUAUUCAUUUUCUCCGAGGGAUUUGGAAUUUAUUGUGAAGUUUAGAGAGGAGCAUGGUCCUGAUGUCUUCCGCCAAAUGAUUCAGUCUAUCUGCCCAUCAAUAUAUGGUCAUGAACUUGUCAAGGCGGGAAUAACUUUGGCGCUCUUUGGUGGAGUACGCAAACAUUCCAUGGAUCAGAAUAAGGUUCCUGUCAGAGGAGACAUUCAUGUGAUUAUAGUUGGUGAUCCUGGAUUGGGAAAGAGCCAAUUACUUCAAGCUGCAGCUGCUGUUUCUCCACGUGGUAUCUAUGUCUGUGGAAAUGCUACGACUAAUGCUGGGCUUACUGUAGCUGUUGUGAAGGACCGAAUGACUAGUGACUAUGCUUUUGAGGCUGGCGCUGUUGUCCUAGCAGACCGUGGUCUGUGUUGCAUUGAUGAAUUUGACAAGAUGUCUGCUGAGCAUCAGGCUCUGCUGGAAGCAAUGGAGCAACAGUGUGUCUCUGUUGCGAAGGCAGGACUUGUGGCGAGUCUAUCAGCACGCACUUCUAUCUUAGCUGCAGCAAACCCUGUUGGCGGUCAUUACAAUCGUGCUAAAACGGUGAAUGAAAACUUGAAGAUGAGUUCUCCUCUGCUUUCGCGAUUUGAUUUGGUUUUCAUAUUGGUGGAUAAACCCGAUGAAAACAUGGAUAAACGGCUUUCUGAGCACAUUAUGGCUCUUCAUUCUGGUUACGGAGAUAAUUCCUCCUCAGUCAAGAGACAUUGUAGAGCAUCACAGAGUAUUGGACAAAUAGUUGUUAGUGCUACAAGUGAGUCAUUGGUUUCAAGGUUGAGACUGGAUCCUAGGAAAGAUAGUGAAUUCGUCCCACUACCUGCUCCACUUCUACGAAAAUAUAUUGCUUAUGCAAGAGCUUAUGUCUUUCCGAAGAUGUCAAGGUCAGCAGCAGAGAUUCUUCAGAAUUUCUAUUUACGGUUGAGAGAUCGUAACACUUCAGCUGAUGGUACUCCCAUAACUGCAAGGCAGUUAGAAAGUCUAGUAAGGCUGGCAGAGGCUCGUGCUAGGGUAGACUUGAGGGAUGAAAUAACUGAACAGGAUGCUUUGGAUGUUGUUGAAAUCAUGAAAGAAUCCCUGUAUGAUAAGUAUGCUGAUGAACAUGGAGUUAUUGAUUUUGCACGUAGUGGAGGCAUGAGUCAACAGAAGGAAGCAAAGCGAUUCUUGAGUGCUCUCAAUAAGCAAUCAGAAUUGGACCAGAAAGAUUGUUUUUCAGUAUCCGAAAUAUACGGUUUGGCGGAUAUGAUUGGUCUCAGAGUUCCUGAUAUAGAUGUCUUUGUUGAAAAUUUGAAUACUGUUGGUUUUUUGAUAAAAAAGGGACCCAGAACAUACCAGCUGCCUUCAUCGUCAUACACAAGGAGUCAGGUAUCAAGGUCCAGGGUCUAGACAUGGGGCAGAAGGAUAUUUGCAGGUUAUCUUCAAUAUUGUACUUCUGGUUUUGUCAAAAUACAGCUACAUGUCAUAGAAAAGUGUGACAGUUUUCUACGAACUGAAAGCAUAAGCACAUCACUGGUAUGAGGAAGUACUAAUCAAUACUCGAUUACUCUGUAUUGAUUAACAUAUACAGAUAUACCAUGACAUGUUUGUAAACAAUGUCAACUAUAUUGUGCCCCGCUUUCUUGUUUUUACCAACACGUAGAUGGUACCUUUCAAUGGUUUAAUGGUUUUUAACCUUCCAAUGGCACACAAUUUACUCAAUUAUUUGACCUUAAUACUCUCUCUGUAUUUUGUAACUUGCUUCAUUUGUACUUUUUGCACUAUUCAUUUG